GGGGGCGUGGUUCCACCACCUUUCGCAUCAUAUAUAGCAGUUACAAAUACUAGGAUCAUUCUGCGACAAUUGUCAUCGAACGGCACAGCGCGGAAUCACCACAGUACACAGGUGCGAGUAGCGCUAUAUCCAACUUGAAGGGUCGAAUAUCACUGACCGCAAGUCUAACAUAAGAUGACGCCCGGGAUGACUCCGACUCGGAACAUCAUUCUCUUUGGAGAAACGGGAGCGGGAAAAAGCUCCAUCAUCAACUUGAUGGCCGGCCAGCAGAUUGCACACAUAUCACCUGACUCUUACCGCUGCACUAUGGAUUGGACGGAGUAUCCAAUAACCUUCGAAGAUGGGACUCGAUACAAUAUGUUUGAUACGAUCGGCCUCGAGGAGCCCCGUCUACAAACCGCAGAUUACCUUACUGCAAUUUCUAACGCAUAUGGCCUCAUCAACACGUUGAAAGAACGUGCCAGAGGUGUUGACCUCUUGCUCUUCUGUAUACGGGGAGGUAGAGUCACGUCAACCAUGCAGAGCAACUACAGGUUGUUCUUCGAAUUUCUCUGCGAGGAAAAAGUCCCGCUCGUGCUAGUCGUUACGAACCUCGAAAGAGAGUCAAGGAUGGAAGACUGGUAUACGCGGAAUGUGGGCCACUUGGAGGAGCAUAACAUCAGGUCCGCGGGACACGCAUGCAUAACUGCGGCGAAUCUUCUCGACGGGAGACAUAGAGACAAGUAUGAAGAGUCGCGUGGAAUACUUCGUAGAGUGGUUGAGGCUCAUUGCAAUGCAUCCAUGGAAGGGUGGACCGGUGGAGAAGGAUGGUUUUCUCCGUUCGUUAGCCUGAGCAAGCUAGUGGAAUUUGUCGUCAGACGUCCCAAAAAGACGGAUGCUAUAGGUUACGCCAUCAUGAUAUUCGUUAUGGUCCUCUAUUUCAUGAUUUUUGUCUACAGCGCUCAAGCUUGCAAGUUUGAAUCAAAUCCGUUGAAAAAUGGUGGAGAUCUCAAUUUUUUAGCCGUCGAGGCUCACGUCAUUACCAUCAUCAGGCCACUGUCCCUCGCUGGUCUCGUCAUCCGAGCCGUGGUCGGGCAGGUGGUGGAACGACCGUUGGGUUCUCAGGUUGUUCACCAGGGAUGGUCGUAUGCAUAUCGCGCCAUUUGA